AUUUCUCUCUUAUGAUUCGCGUCAUUGCGCAACAAUUCACCUAAGGAGUAUCACGUAGAUAAACGCGUCCUGCAUUGUAAUAUUCAUUCUAAGGCCAUGCAUAGUUAUUAAAAAAGGGCAGAGCGCUGCCACGAUCCAGUCAGAACGUUUUCAGAGAUGGCGAAGAACGUCGGUAGCAUCCUCCUGCUAACACUCGUGCUAUCGUUUGGACGAGCAGACGAACAUGAGCGACGACGAAACACGCCACCGGAACUAACACCGGGGUUAGUCGUCAAAAUGUCAAGUGAUGAAGAACUUCAGGAGCGUUUCCUCUCCUUCAUCCCUGUCACGGCAACUGUCAGUUUGAACGCGGGAGAUAACAAUGCGCAUUCUGUCAGUCUGGGCGCAAGCCUUGACGGUAUUAGCUUCUCGGAAAGCAACAGUUACAACCAUCCCACAAAAUACGGAAUUGAUGGAUCUGCUGUUUCCGUAAGUAAAUCUGAGACUGUUGCCGCAGGAUUAUCAGGAAUUUCUACGGCAGGCGCGAAAGCCUACAGCGACAGUGGCAAAACCGAAAGCCAUUCAUACAGUUUCGGUCAAGCAACUGCAACUUCUUUCGGAAUAGUCGAAAAUGGACAUGCGAUUACCGGUGCUACAUCUUCCGUUGGUGCCUCACAAUCUUCUGCUGCAACUGGUGGCAAUCAAGGACAAUUCUUCCCACAAGCUGCCGUCAAUAUGCAAUAUCCAUAUCGGCCGUCAUGGAACAAUGUUGGUCCAAACGAUGGACGUAAUGAUCGACCCACGUUGACCAUCUGGAAACCACAUGAUGGAACACGACCGACAUUGAAUAUCGAUGCAUUUGGCACGUUCAGACGAGAAGAAAAGCCGACGAUUCAUAUCCACAUGUGGCGACCUGAUCAUGGAAUAUUUUCCCGGCCAGGUUUAUCAAUCGAACAUAAACCGCGCGACUCUUGGACUGAUCAAACUCAUGGAUCGACGAGUCGUCAAGAAUAUACCUCCGGGGACACUCAAAGUUGGGAAAGUGCGACUUCCAAUCUUGUUUCUAGUGGUUCUUUCGGUGAAGACAAUUCCAAGGGUACAUCGACCUCGGGACGCUAAGGUGGGAAUUCCGUCACGCGGGUCAAUGCUCAAGCAAUUGCGUCGUCAGAAGAAUUCUUCCCUAAAGGUGGGAGUAUACAAAGUCAGAUUAUACCAUUGCAAUACGUCGGAAGCAAAGAUUCUGUGCAAAGACAACCUGGCAAUGAUAUAUUAUCUAAUCUCGCGCAGGCUGUUGGCGAAUUGCUCGAUGUUGUAUAAUGGAAGGGAAAAGAAAUAUUUAUUUAUUUUAUAUCAGUUUGAAUUUUAUAU